ACGGUGCGUAGGACACGCGGAGAGGAGGAGCUCGGAGUGGCCGCCGGGACGACUAUGUUGCUGCCAAACAUUCUGCUCACCAGUACUCCAGGGAUUGGGAAAACCACACUAGGCAAAGAACUUGCAUCAAGAUCAGGACUGAAAUACGUUAAUGUGGGUGAUUUAGCUCGAGAAGAUGAAUUAUAUGAUGGCUUUGAUGAAGAGUAUAAUUGUCCCAUUUUAGAUGAAGAUAGAGUAAUAGAUGAGCUAGAUAACCAAAUGAGAGAUGGUGGAGCUAUUGUUGAUUACCACGGCUGUGAUUUCUUCCCUGAACAUUGGUUUCAUAUAGUUUUUGUGCUGAGAACAGAUACCAGUGUGUUGUACAAAAGACUGGAAACAAGGGGUGAUAGUGAGAAGAAACUAAAUGACAAUAUUCAGUGUGAGAUUUUUCAAGUUCUUUAUGAAGAAGCAAUGGAGUCGUACAAGGAAGAAACUGUGCAUCAGUUGCCCAGCAAUAAACCAGAAGAACUAGAGGAGAACAUAAGUCAGAUCUUGAAAUGGAUUGAGCAGUGGAUCAAGGACCAUAACUCUUGACUCACAGAAC